GGAUCGAACCGUUUCUUUUCCUGGUGGGACAUAUAUCCCGGUGUCCGUUUCCAGAUCUGGAUCCUCGCCACCCGGGAAGUCGAAGCCAGGAAGCGGCAUCGAUAGGAAGCGAACGAGCCCGGACCCGCUCGCACCCUCCCGUACCCGCCCAUACCUACUAGUACAAUCAGUCGGGAGCAACUUUACGGACACGAAGUCAUCGCUCCUCGCGCGCGGCCGCCGAAGUAUGGAGAAGCGCCGAAGAAAGAGCGUCGCAAGAGAGAUGGCGACUUGCCACGAUUAUACAGAAUAUCGUCGCGAUUCGGAACGGAACCGAAAUGGAGCAAGCUGGCAUUUCAAUAAUUACUCCACCAGGGAUUAUUGAAAAUUCGCUGACGACGAAGCCAAAAAACACAACCAUCAAGAUUUCAGCGGGCAACAAAUUCCAAAAUGCAAAGAAAAAAUUUAAAUCCUCCUGGCUAAGCGGUUUAUUCAAAGUGGACCAUUCCGCGAAGGAAAUUGCCAAGAUGGCCAUCUCGGAAGUUCUCGGCACGGGCACGCUGGUUCUACUUGGCUGCAUGUCGUGCAUCGGCACAUUCGGAACCAUACCGACAGGUUUUACCGUUUCCAUCGCUUUUGGUUACGCCGUCAUGCUGUGCAUUCAGUGCUUUGGUCACAUUAGCGGGGCCCAUAUUAAUCCAGCGGUUACCCUGGGUUCUGUAGUCCUUGGUAAUACGUCAUUGGUAAUCGCAUUCAUUUAUAUAAUUGCCCAAUGCAUUGGCGCCGUUGUCGGGUACGGAUUGAUCAUGACUGUGACCAGCGAAGAAUUCAUGCUUCCAUGGGAGGAUGUAAACAACCCUCCUAAAAAUUCGAUUUGCGUAACCCAACUGCACGCCAACGUUACGUUAGGUCAAGGUUUCUUGGUCGAAGUCAUGGCCACCUUCCUCCUGAUGUGCGUAGCCUGUGCCAUUUGGGACAAGAGAAACUCCAGGAAUACGGAUUCGGUGGCCAUUAGAUUCGGUUUUUCGGUAGCCGUGCUUUGCAUAGCAUUCGGUCCGUACACGGGAUGCAGCAUGAAUCCUGCGAGAUCACUGGCUCCGGCAAUAUGGAAUAACAAAUGGACCCAUCACUGGGUCUACUGGAUUGGCCCAAUUAUAGGUUCUUUCUGCGCAUCUAUUCUUUAUCGUUGUCUGUUCGUGGAGAAGGAGGAAGCGAAACCCGUGGAACAACCCUCCGUUGAAGGAUUGCCACCUGAAAAUGGCAAUGUAGAAACGUAAAACUUUUGAGAAGUUUGAAGGGUGCCAGGUAACGCGUGAUCAGAUUCGAAACGAUCGACACGAAGAGGAUGGAUCGUUGUCUGUUCUUUUUGGUUCUUUAUCGGACACUCGUACUUCGGGUCGUGAACCUCCUCGAUGGCUUUAGCGAAAAGCGAAUGAAGAUUGUAAAUUUCAUCUUCCGAUUUGAGAAUCGUACCCCGACGGUUUCGUCCCGACUGAAAAGGACCUUUUGACUUUAUGGACGCUUCCUACCCCGCGAAUCUCUAUGUAAGGUGUAAUUCUACCCUGUCGAAAAGUGACAUGUAAAGCGAUGGAGGGAUAUUCGGUUAGACUGAUUGCGAAGAUUUGGUACAAAGCUCGUGGGCGUUAUUCCAACUACUACCGAUGUUCUUCUUUUCCUGAAGUCACCGUGAUAAUUGCACUCAUUAAACAUGCGUUCUUGCCAUCACAAAUGCGGGAGUUAUUUGAUCGGUAGGACAUAAUUUUGUAAUAGUUUUUAAACGAAUCUUUGUAAUCCCUUGUCGCUUGAGAAAAUCCGCUCGUUCAACCUGUAUAUACAUAUAAUUUAUGCACCGUGUAUGUAUAUAAUGAUAUUGUCUCAUAGUGAAAGCUUGCGAAACAGUUUGCGAACGGAUUCUCCUGCAUCUUUUCACACAUUUUAAUUGAAAUUAAAUGACACAACUCAUGCAUUCUGUUUCUCAAAAUGUUCACAAGCUUCUUCUUAAUUUCUUCAUCCUUUAUAAUCGUAAUUUUUAAAGAACAUGUUGAAAUAUACUUAAUAAGUUUCACAAUUAUCGGA